AUGAAUUACUUAAUAGUAGCUACUCUUAUAUUAUUCACUGCAGCUGAUUAAAUCAAGUGUCCACUUGAAAUUGAUACAUCAGUAUCUUGUACAAAAGAAAAUUAACCUGUAUGUGCCUUUUCAUUAGAAGGAUAUGUAAGAUUUAAACUUAAAUUUAGUAAUUGGGAACUUUUGAGAAUCCUUGUUUUGCUUGUAGAGCAGAAAAAGCCAGUUAUUAUGAACUUGAUGCAUGUAUCAUGACAACAAAACCUUCAGAACCAAUAAAUUCAGAUUCUGGAAAUAAUUCAUCUACAACAUCAAAUACAAUAUACAAAUGUGAUAUUCCAAAAUCUGAUAGUCCUAUAUGUCCAGCUGUGUAAGAUUUAAAAAUAAUAAUUAUAGUUAUAAACCUACUUGUGGUUUGUUCAUUCCUAGUAUUCAAUGUUUAAAGGCUCCCUGUGGAAGAUCAUUUGGAAAUGAAUGUGAAGCCUGUUCUGACAAAAAUAUUGAAUCAUAUUUUUAUGGAGAAUGUGAAGAAAUUCCUAAAGAGUAUCUUUUUAAUUUAAUAAUUUUUAGAGAUCCAUAAAAUCCUCCAGAUGAUAGUAUUACAUAUUGUACAGAACCCAGACCUGAGAUUUGUACUGAUGAAUAUACAGAUACUUGUGCUUUCAUAUCAACUCCAUGUUUUUCAGAUUCUUGUAUGAAACCUGCUGGAAAUUAUUGUGAUGCUUGUACUAGAAAAGAUGUAGUUGGAUAUGUUAAGUAAUCUUGUGAUAAAUACAAGUAAGUAUUUUUAAUAAUUCAUUAGAUAAGUGUUUGAAUAAAAUCAAAAUGAUCUUGAUGACAAACAACCUGAUAGUAAGAAUGAUAACGAAGCUUAAGAUUUAGAUUCAUAAAAUUAUGCCAUAUAAUAAAAAUGUAAUACAAAGCCAAGUUCUUGUGAUAAUGUUGUAAAAGAAGUUUGUGCAACAUAUACUUGUAAUGAUACAACUUGUCAAAAAGAAUAUUAAAAUGAAUGCUAAGCUUGCUUAGAAUAAACAACUAUUUCAUAUAUCUGGGGUAAGUGUUAAACUUUAUCUGGAACUAUCCUGAGUUUGGCCUUAUUAAUACAGAUAAUCAUAUGA